AUCUCGCUUGUCAGAGGAAAGGCAUUCGGCAUGCCAGUUUGUUUGGAUCUCCAUGUGACACCGACUUCAUUUACAAUCACAGAUCAAACCCCUGGAAAUUGAACGGUAGUUGCCAGUGCAUCACAGCUGUCAUGGGCAAAAAGGGAAAGAAAGAAAAGAAGGUGAAGGGAGCGGAGAAGACGGCUGCCAAAAUGGAGAAAAAGGUUUCAAAGAGGUCCAAACGAGAAGAGGAGGAUUUGGAGGCUCUGAUUGCUGAGUUUCAGAAUCUGGAUGCAAAUAAGACCCAAGUUGUAGAGACAACAUGUCCACCUCCAUCACCAAGGUUGAGUGCGUCUCUCUCUGCCCAUCCUGAGAAAGAUGAACUCAUCCUGUUUGGAGGAGAAUUCUUCAAUGGAAAGAAGACGUACCUGUACAACGAUCUGUUUUUCUACAGCAUCAAGAAGAACAGCUGGGUUAAGUCAGAGAUCCCCAACCCUCCUCCCCCACGCUGCUCUCACCAGACGGUGGUAGUUCCCCAGGGUGGGGGUCAGCUCUGGGUGUUUGGGGGAGAGUUUGCCUCUCCUAACGGUGAACAGUUCUACCACUACAAGGACCUUUGGGUGCUGCACCUGGCUACACACACCUGGGAGAACAUAAAGGCACCUGGUGGUCCAUCAGGUCGCAGCGGCCACCGGAUGGUCCUCAGCAAGAAACAGCUGCUGGUGUUCGGAGGUUUCCAUGAGAGCACCAGGGAUUUUAUCUACUACAAUGACGUGUACUCUUUCUCCCUGGACACCUUCUCCUGGUCACGCCUCACUCCAUCAGGCUCCGCCCCCUCCCCACGCUCUGCCUGUCAGAUGACCUCCACGCCAGACGGCACGGGUGUCAUCAUCUACGGGGGAUACUCUAAAGUGAGAGUGAAGAAGGAUGUCGAGAAGGGAACCAUCCACUCUGACAUGUUUCUUUUGAAGCGAGAGGGUAAAGAUGGCCAAGAGAAGUGGUCAUGGUCCAGAGUGAACCCCUCUGGUAGCAAGCCCCCUCCUCGCUCUGGUUUUUCUCUGGCGGUGGGCCCAGCGGGGCGGGCGGUGCUGUUUGGUGGGGUUUGUGAUGAGGAAGAGGAGGAGUCACUGGAGGGCGACUUCUACAACGACCUCUAUCUGUAUGAUACAGUGAAGAACCGCUGGUUCCCCAGCCUGCUCAGGGGAAACAAGUCAGAGAAGAAGAAACGACGGAGGGGGAAGAAGGGUGGAGCGGAGGGAGCAGAGAAGGAGGAGGAGGAGGAGGAGGCGGCACCUCAGGCACCUACUGAGGUCAUCAAGGAGAUUGUCACGGAGGACGGCACAGUGAUGACCAUCAAGGAAGUGAUCCCUGGAGCUCAGGAGGAGGAGGAGGAGGAGGAAGAGGAGGAAGAGGAAGAGGAGGAGGACGAUGGUUCAGCCUCAGCCCCCCUGGUGGAACCUUGCCCAAGGUCCAGCGCCAUGGCAACGGUGCGUCAGGGCAAGCUUUUCCUAUACGGGGGGAUGUUCGAGGUUGGCGACCGCCAGUUCACCCUGAACGACUUCUACUGCCUGGACCUCCACAAGAUGGACCAGUGGGAGGUUCUGGUUGAAAUGGACCCAAAGACACAGGAGUGGCUGGAAGAGUCUGAGUCAGAGGAUGAGGAGGAGGAGGAGGAGGAGGAGGAGGCGAAAGGAGCAGAAGAGGAGGAAGAGUCUGAAGAGGAAAGCGAGGAUGAAGAAGAUGAAGAAGAGCACCCUGCAGUGCAGGAGGGAGAGACAGUGAUGGAUUACCAGCUCCGUACAGAGCAGUAUUGGAUAGGAUUGGCACGUGCCAACAUGGGCUCCGAUGCCAAGGACAAAAAGGUCGCUAAAGUCGCCCUCGCCAUGGCCAAAGUCUUCUAUGAAGACCAGUAGUGGGAUAUGCCAAACUGUCUGAGUGACUGUGUGUGUGUGAAAUAUUUGUUUGAAAUUAUCUUUUUAUAAAACAUGUCAUUUGAACUGUACUGCAAAUAAAUCAGCAAUGCAAGCUGAAUUUCAUUCAAGUUAAAACCGAAAACUAAAACACUUUAUUUUCUUCCAACUGAUCAAAUGAAAUUUGAAUAUAUGGACUAUUUUCCAUUUGUGAGUAUACCAUUACAUUAGACGUGGUAUUAUGGUUUGUUGAGUAUAACGGUUUUCAUUCAUUUUCAUUAAAAUAACCAUUCUGUGACUUCACUAAAUAAUAAAUAACGUUAACAUUUUUGUACCUAUAUUGCUGCUGUCAAUUUUGAGACCAGUGUUGUAAAGCAAAGUCAAGCAGAAAUGAGUGUUUAAAGGGGCAGGUGGAAUUAAAUUGCAUUUGUUUUUGGUUUCAUGAGGACUAGCAAGUUGGAGGUUGUACAUACUACCAAGUUGUACAACUUCUCUAUAACACGUUUCUUUGUUUAUACAUACAUAUUCAAAAAUCUGUCAAAAGUUUUUUGUAAUUUUUCUCUUUUACUGUUGUAAAGUGAAGUACAUUGGGGAAACUGCUGCUCGACCAUGGUUUGAAUCUUUGAAAUAGUUUCUGGUCACAGUCCAAUCAGUGAUGUCACAGCGGGUGUUUUAUUUGCAAGCUUCUCAGAUUUCUUCAGAAGUACAGAGACCUGUGAUGCUACACAGACAAGAUGUACCAGAGCUACAACUUGUCUAUACUUAAACCUGCAUUCAAUUUUUUUUUUUUCCUGCUUUACACUGGUCAACUUUUUCAUCAUUCCAGCCAAGUCGCUUCUUUCUCCAUCACUUCUGCUUACCAGGCCUUUCUCUUCUCCCUGUAGCAAGAUGACUGCUUCAUGGAUGUGAUGGUUUGGUGUGCCCCCUGCAGAUAGCUAGCAGCAACACAUGUCCUUUGUCUGAGUUUUACUCCUCUACAACAAGCAAGAGGGAUAAUGGAAGGAGAGAAAGAGAGAGGAAGGUGCGCUGAGCCGAGCAAUGACAGCAUUCAGGAAUCAUCAAAAGAUGAGAGGGAUGUGAGGGGGUGGAGAGCAGGGGGAGCAGUGUCGAAGAGAGGAGAAGGUAGAGAGAGCAGGUGAGAAAGGUGGGACGACAAGACACUGUCGGCACCAGCAGGGAAGAAAAGGGAGAGGAGGAGGAGCGAGGGAUGCAGGGAAGGAGGAGGGGACUAGUGCACGAUGUGUGAGGGAAGACAUCAGUCACUGCGAGCACCAGCCUAUCCCUCUGACCUAUUUUAUCCUCCAUCAGCAUGCUGAACAAGGGAUGAGAAGAGGCUGAUGAAUAAUAGAGGAGAAAGAGAGAUGGAUGAGAAUGAGGCUGCCUUCCUCUCGAUCACGUCUCCCUCCUUCACUACCCCUCUUCUCUCUUUUUUUCUGCGACCCCCUUUUUUAUUUUAACUCCGGGACAAAAAAAGAUUUUAUAAAUAACUAAAGAGAUUUUUUUGGGUGCACUGCUGACGUCGGGGCACGCAGCGUGUAAUCGUCAGAGAUACGUCUGUCGUGAGUGUGUGUGUGUGAGCGAGAAACUUGUAGAAUACAGGUACGUCAGUUCGAGGCAGGGGGAUAUUUCUAGCUUUUUCUUUACUUGGUGUACAUUAUAUUGCAAAAUAAAUUGCCAGACUUUGUAUUAAUAAAGUCUCUAUAUGUAGAAGAACUGAAUCACUUUUGGCUGCCAGAAUAUCUUGGAUGUCAAAGUGGCCAAAACUAGUGACCCAAUAUAGAGUUCCCUUUUGUCCACUGGAUGGAAACCACAGUAAAUGUUAUUUACACAUGUAAGCAGAUCUUUUAUCAUUUGUUUGGUUGGUGGUUUACAGUCUUUUUGAUCCUAAGGUACGCAAUUCCAAGGCACACUUACGUAAUUAUUGACCACCCAGAGGAGUGCCCUUAUUGACUGCAUGGAGAUGUCACACAACAGAGAAGAGAAAAAGGACAUUACUGUCAUUGUCUGAUUUUACCUUUUGAGUUUUCUCCACCCUGGAGUUUAUGAGGUGCCAUUUGGGCCGUAAUUCACACUGUAAUUUUCAAAUAUAUUAAUAAAACCAAUCAAAUGACUACA